AUGGCACGCCGUUCAGCACCACCCAAUUCAGGCCCUGCCUACAUCCCAAAAAUGCAGUACGUCCAAAGACGUGCGGUUCAUGACCCUGACGAAUCAGCGUUUGCCCGUUUCCUGCGCGAGGAGAUCUACGCGCCCGAGAAGAUGCCGGGAAAUAUCAGUAUCGUCGUUGGGGUGUCGACGUUCAUUGGAGGAAUAUUGGCUGUUAGAACGUGGGGGGAGUAUAUGGUACCAGCGUAG